AUAUAAAAUUGUUAAUACAAUACAAUUCUUCUUCUCUCUCUUUUGCUUUGGUUUACAACAAAAAUAGCUAGUCUUCUUAACAAAAACAAACACUACUGUCUAGCUUAGUCUUCUAGUGCAAGAGAAGUGCUAUGUCGUCGCCUGGUUAUUGUGUUGUAGAACAGAAAGCUUGUGUUGGUUGGGUUGAUAAAUAUUUUAAAGAUUGUCUCUGUAAUUUAAAAGAUGAAUUUUCAUUCGGGUUCGGGUUUGUUAGUUUAAUCUGUUGGGGAGUUGCAGAAAUCCCUCAAAUUAUUACCAACUUUCGCUCUAAGUCUAGCCAUGGAGUUUCUCUUGCUUUCCUUCUAACUUGGGUUGCCGGGGAUAUAUUCAAUCUUGUCGGCUGUCUUCUUGAGCCGGCAACGCUGCCAACCCAGUUGUACACUGCACUACUCUACACGACAAGCACAAUAGUGCUAGUGUUGCAGGGUUUAUACUAUGAUCAUGUCUACAGGUGGUUGAAAUGCCAGAAAAUUGAAGCCAAUCCAGAGGUGGACGAUGAGAAGAAACCACUUAAACAAAAAUCAGGGCAUGAUUCAGGCAUUCCUAUACCCAAUUCCACAUCCAGAUCAGGCAAAGAGUAUUUUUAUACUUCAGCUAGAUCAAUGGCGAGUAGUGGAGCUUCACCAUUUCGAGGUUACCUUAGAGCAGCGAAAAGCGGUCCGUCGGCUAUGGGACUUCACAAUGAAUCUUCUUCAUCGGACGACGAGGCUGCACCGGCUGCUUCUGCUAGACCUGUUAGCCAGCCUAGACCAAUUCCGCGAUCGGCUGGCUAUGGAACAUUUCUAGUAACAUCACUGAAUUUGCCACUACAAAGCAAGGGUUUGAGAGAUGCCUACACUGGAGUUGCUAGUAGAAGACUUUUACAUCAGGAAGGUAGUGGAAUGGAGCAUAGUGCUGUUGGGCAGUGGUUAGGAUGGAUGAUGGCAGCUAUCUAUAUGGGUGGCAGAAUUCCUCAAAUCUUGUUAAAUAUCAAAAGAGGCAAUGUAGAGGGCUUAAAUCCUCUAAUGUUCAUAUUUGCACUGGUGGCCAAUCUCACUUAUGUGCUAAGUAUUGUGGUUAGAACUACAAAAUGGGAUAAUCUCAAACCAAACAUGCCAUGGUUGCUGGAUGCUGCAGUCUGUGUGGCCCUUGAUUUCUUUAUCAUAUUGCAGUAUAUAUACUAUAGACACUUCUGUGAGAGAAAAAUGAGACAUGGAGAAGACUACAGAGACUACUAUGUUGAUGCCACCAAAAGCUGAUUUAGAUGGACUGUGAACUUGUAUUUGUAAUACUUGCAGAUUGUAUUAAACUAAUAAUCUUAAUUUUACCCUAUUACAGAUUAUUUUCCAGUGGUUAA